UUCCGUCGACGGUCGCAGCAGGAAGACCCUUCACCGGGUGGUUUUGUUGUGGAUGACACCUCUCCACGUCCUUCAGCAGUAAAAUGUACUACAAGUUCAGCGGUUUUACCCAAAAACUGACGGGAUCUGGUCCUACGGCCGCCUACAGCCCUCAGGGGCUGAGGCCAGGUGUGCCAGCAGAAUCCCCAAGCAUGAUCUUUGCCACACCCACCAAGGUGGUGUCAGAGGCCGGGGCCACGGUGGAAUACAUGGGCGCAAACAAGGUUCAGGAGUUCCAGAGGAUAUUCCAGGCGCCCGACGGUGUCCCCGUUCAUUUGAAGCGCGGCGUUCCCGACAGGCUACUGUACCGCACCACCAUGGCUCUCACUGUCGGAGGCGCUCUCUACUGUCUGGUUGCUCUUUACAUGGCAGCCCAGCCCAGCAAUAAGUGACCAACACAAACCCAGGAUCUUUCUCUUUAACACCUCCGACAUGUCUCUGCUGUAAUACGUCGACCCAACGUUCACGGUCUCCAUCUGCCCUCGCCACGCCACCUCUUGGGACUUGACUCGAUGAGAAUUUAUCACUUUUAGAACACCACACCAAUGAUAACGAUAAUAAUGUCUGUCUUCUUUGUUAAAAAUAAAUUAAUACAUUUUAAGGGGAAACAAAGCUACAA